AUGGAUGGAUCCAUGAUCCCCGGCAUCUCGUCGCCCAGUGAUUCCCCCUCCCACAGUAAUACCGGCAGCCCGACCACCCGGGCAAGCACGUUCCCCCCUGUGUCCGGCCCUCGAGGCCAUGCCGCGACUCGCCUGGACCCGCCCGGACCUCUGCCCCUGAAGCAGGCCUCCGCGCCUGCGUCGCCCGCGGCCACCAUGGCCACUGGCGACCCGGGAGGUGACCCGGAGCUUCGGGCCCCCCCGAUCCUCCAGCACCAACAGCACCACCACCAGCAGCAGCAACAUCAGCAGCAGCAACAUCAGCAGCAGCAACAACACCAACAGGAGUCGCCGGCGCCAGCGCCCCACGCGCUGGCAGACCCGGGCCGGAGUUUUGCCCAUGCCUUGCCGGCCGAUGAGGGGCCUGCCUCGCCCUCCGGCGGCCGGAGCCCCCGGCUCAGCCAUGCGGAUGCCGUGCACCAGGCGCUGGAUGUGGAGCUCCGCCGCCUCUCCCGCGAGGGGUCGCUGGCCGACUUGGUUGAGCUUGCCCACGGCCGGCCGCCGCCUCUGAAUGCCGAGGCCCCGGCCUCCAUAGCAUCCAUGGUGCCUCCCCGGCGCCCGCGCCCGCUGGCGGCCCUGCGCGUGGCCACCAACACCGGGCUGGAGCCGCCUGCUGGUGGUCCCCUCAGUCGGACCAGCUCCCUGGGCCAUCUCCCGCGCUUGGGAUCGCCAUUGGCACGCUUCCCGGUGCUGGAUGCCCAGGCGGCCCACUCCCCCGGCUCGGUGGAGACCCUGGCCCCGCAGGAGGCCGAUGGCAAUGACUCCAAUGCCACCCUGGCGCCCAGCAUCAUCGUCGAGGAUGUUCCCAGCUCCGACCCCCCGUCGCCGCAGGAGCCGGCGGACAUGGGGCCGGUGGCGAGGGAGGCAGCGCGCCGGGCGGCCGACCUUGCCGCCACCGCCGCCGCCACCACCGCUGCCACCACCGCCGCCACCGCCGCCGCCGCCGGUGCCGCCACCACCGCCGCACCAGUUCACAUGCCUGCCUCAGCCCCGGCCCCCGGGGCCGCGGACACCGAGGAUAGUGUCCCCGCCCCGGCGCCCGGCUCGACCGACACCCUGGUGGCCGAGGCAUCCAAUGUGGACACCCGCGCCGAGGCCGCGCCCCAACGCCGGCGACUGUCCUUCCAGCGGCCGCUACCCUUGCGCAUUGGGACCGAGAGCCCCGCGCGCGAUGGCCGGCAGCCGGGGUCUCUCGUGUCCCAGGACGGGCCGAUCCUCCUGAGCCGCUCCGAGGGCAGCCUGCCCAAGUCCAGUCGCCAAGAACGUGGGUGGGCCCGGCGUGCGGCCGCCGCCACCCCGCCAGCCGCCACGCCACGCUCCCGGCCCGCCCAUGGCCCCCGGGCCCCCCGGGCCCCCCAGCCCGGGGUUGCCCCGGCCAAUGAUGCCAGCCGACGGGGCAGCACGGCCAGCCAGGGAGGCGCCUCGGCCGGGGUGACGGCCGCCGCUGCCGCCGCCGCUGACGCCGCCGCCGCCGCCGCCGAUCCGCCCGUUCAGGGGCCCCUGUCGGCCGAGGCCGCCGCCCGACAGGAGCGCAUCAAACAAAUCCGCCAGGCCCACGCACGGUGGAGCCAGGAGCGGGCCGAGCGAGGGCUCCGGGCCAUGCGCAUGGCCCGGGCCGCGGCCGCCGACGCCGCCGAGGCAGCCAGCCGUGCCUCGGCCCUGCAGGCCGGCCUGGCAAUGCGCCGCGGGCUGGUUCCCCACAACAGCGAGCUGGAAUUGAUCCUCACACGGGCUCGAGCCACGCUGGCGCGCUUGCGCCAGACCGGGCUCUUCGGCCCGGAUGCCGGGCGAACGCGCGGCCCGGCCGGGCCCCCCAGCGCCGGCCCCUUCGGCGGAUCCAGCACCGGGCCCGCGCCGGGGCGAUCGCCCCGUCGGACCAAUCACACCGGCUAUGCCGGGCCCCUGCGUGGUGCCGACCAAAACCGCUUCAUCUUUCCCCCGAGGGUGCCGAGUGGGGCGGCUCCGGGCUCCGGGGCGCCGGCCGGGCCCGGGCCCCGGUGGGCAUGGGCCACACGCGAGGGGGACCGGUCGCGGCCCGGGCCCGGGCCACAUCCCAACCUGCAAUCGAUGCCCAUCUCCCCGGCCAGCCUGCCCCCGGCCAAUCCCCUGACCUUUGUCGAUGCCUUGGAUGCCUUUCUGGCGGCCCUGCUGACGACCCUCGUCGAGAAGAACGGCGACGAGGCCCUGCAGCAGCUGGUCCGCGAUGCGCGGGUGUCCAACAUCGCGGCGCGCAAGGCCGCCGAGGCCGAGCGCCGGCUGGUGGAGGCCGGCUACGGGGGCAUCGGCACCGCCAUGUCCGAUGCCGACCGCCUGGUCCGGGCCCUCGGGCCCUUCUAUGCCCACCGGUCGGCCCGGGCCCUGGGCAUUGUCCGGGUGGACUUCUUCGCCCUGACCCGGAGCCUGAUCUUUGAUCGCGAGCUCCGGACCCUGGUCACGGACUCGGUGCGGCUCAUGCAUGAUGCCCUGUACAGCGGUUCCGCCGACAUGGUCCGGAGCCUGGAAGGCCAGCAGUCCGAACGGGCGGCCGCCGCCGCGGCAUAUGCCGGUCUCGGCGAUCGCCUGGCCCAGUUGGUCACUGACCCGGGGCUGUCGCGCGCCGAAAAGGUGGCGGCCGCCAUGCGUGGGGAGAAUCUCGCCUCCCUGGCUGGGAAUGCGGCCCGCGCCGCCGAGGCCGGCGCCGACCGGACCGACAGCCGCCUGGUCAUCGACCUGGCCACCACCAUCACCGGGGCCAAAGCCGACACCAAGGGCCCGGGCCCCGGCGACACGGCCCCUCCCCCGGCAGGGCCCAAGGGCCCGGGCAUCAUCUUCAACCCGGUUCUCCCGGCGUCGGGCACAGCCGGCCUGGUGCCCGACGCGCCGGUCCUCCCGGCACACGCGGCCCCCUCGCCCAGCGCCCCGGCCCAUGCUCGGCCCCUCACGCCCGUGUCGCCGAAGCCGGGGCAUGGCCAGGCGCGUUCCCUGCUGGCGCACAUCCCCAAGGCCACCGAUGAUCCGGAGGUGGCGGCGGCCAUGUUGGCCGAAAAGCGCCAGGCCCUGGCGGCGGCCGGCUCCUCGCCCGACGCGGCGUCCGGCGCCCGGGCCACAGCCCGCGGCGACGCCCGCGUCAGCCUGACGGACAGCUUUAUCGGCCGCGGCGGCGACGGCCCGGUGACCCUCAGCCCGCGAGACUUGAUGCUGGGCCAGCCGGCCAUCAGCCCGGCCGCGGCCGAGGCCUGGGACCAGGUCGAGCGCUCGCCCGGGCGCUUGGUCGUAGCGGAGGCCGGGUCGGUGACACCGCCGCGGCCGAAUGCCGAGGCCCAGCCCCCCAAGCCGGGCUUCGACAAUGAUCGGCUGUGCAAUGUGGACCCGCGGUUCCUGUCGCCCGAUGCGCGGGUCACGCCGCGCGAGCAGCGCGACAUGAUCCGCCGCCUGGUCAAUCUCAUCGAGCGCGCCAAGGCCAAUCCUCGCCGGGCCGAAAGCGUGGCCAUGCUGGCAUCGCUCAUGGUCGAGUCGCACUAUGACACGCGCCGGGCCAUGCGCGACCGCCGGGACCAGGAGCAGGCCCGUCGCCAGGGGCCGGUCGGGGCCGCAGCGGCCGCCGCGGCCGCCGCGGCCGCAGCCGCCCGGUCCUCCUCCACCGCCGCGCGGCCCGCCGCCACCCAUGGGGCGUCCGCCGCCGGCUCCGCCAAUGCCCCCUUGACCACCGACUCCGCCCCCAGCGUCGAUGGCGGUGCCCAGCCGGCGACCUCACGAAGCACCACCCCAAGUGGCUUCUUCGGGAAGAUCCUUCGCAAGCUCAAGCUACAGGGCGGCUCCUCAUCGUCGCCGCCGCCGGCGUCGCCGUCGCACGCGCCCCCGGGCCCCGGUGCGGGGCCCUCCCGGCUCGCAGGGCGCCGGGCAUCGGUGCCAAAUCUUUCCACCCCCCCGGCAAGGGGGCCCGACGUGCCGUCGAUGCCGGCCCGGCGAGGGGACACCACGGUCCCGGCCAGUGUGACCCCGACGCCGGAGCCCGGCGACCAGGGGGCCCGGCAUGCUGGCGCCUGGCCCUGGCGCCGCCGGGGGAGCGCCCCGGCGGCCGCCAUCAGCGAGGCACUUGCCAUGGCCGGCAUGCCGCCCACGUCCGGCGGCGCGGCCACCCGCCCGGAUGAGGAAGCCGCCCUGGCCUCGACCGAGUUGGAGAACAUGGCAUCGGUCGACUCGCUGGCCACGCUGGUGGCCUCGCAGGGGCCGACCAGCAACCCGGCCAGCCCGUCGGCCGGCGUGAGCCUGCGCAAUGCCGCGGCCACGGCCGCGGCCAUCCCACCAAGUGGCCCGCCGCCCCCCCGGCCAAGCGUCAAAUUCGCCGACGAAGCAGCCCUCCCCCACAGGGCAUCCUCCAGCCAGCCCCCGGGCCCGGGUGGCAUCCGGCCGGACGACCCCUUCACCGUGGACGACUUCCCCCGAGUGAGCCCGCGACUGACGCGGCAGGAGCGCCGCCGGGUGCGCGUGCGUGGCCACGAAACCGAAGCCGAAGCCGGGGCCCGGGCCGCGGCCCAGCGCCUGCUCGAGUCGCUGGCCAUGAAUCGAUCCCUCGACCCGCUGGUCAAUGGCUGGCGGGCCUUCGGGGCCCGGGUCCAGCGCGAUCCCGAGCUCGGGCUCCUCCUCCACGGGACAUGGUGCCUGAUCAUGAGCGCCCUCCAGCGCCCGGGGAACUUCAUCGAGGGCUAUGGCGUCGGGCGCUUCAACCUCGUGGUGGUGGCUGGCAUUGGCUAUGAAAAGGGAACCGAGCCGACGGCACCUGGGCCCAGCUCCGGCGGCAGCCCCCCUGGCGGGCGGAAGCCCCGGCGCCGGGGCCGGUCCAGCGCAUGCACCUGCUCCAUGCCGGUGUCGGGUCUUCCGCCGGGGGCCCGGGUGUCCGGGCCCCGGGCCUCGGCGGAUUUGAAUGGCUCGCUCCCCCGGCCGGCCGGCAUCCAACGCUGCCAGCGGUACGGCUGCGCCUGUCGCACGGUUGGCAUCAGCCAAACAGCCGCCGCCUCGGUGGCGGCCACGGCGUCGCCCCAAAUCAAGCAUGUCCCCGGCGGGCCGAAGGUGUCCGGUCCACGCGAGCCCUUCGGCGCCUUCCACACCCGACUGGCCUUCGAGCGGGCCAUUGCCAUCCUCUUCGCCGACAGCCGGCGGGUGUUGCUCCGGUAUCGGACCAUGCUCUUCGGCCUGUCACGCGAGGUGGAGGAUUUGCUGUCCUGCCUGGCGGCCGACACCACCCUCCACCGGCUGACCCGGUCAUUGAGCGACCUGCUGGACGCCAUGUUUGUCUGGUCCGACGAGUGGAGCCAGUUCGGGGUGUCGAUUGCGGCGGAGACCGCCCGCGCGGUGGCCCUCGACGCCGGGGCCAGCCCGGAGCUGGCCGAGCGCGCGGCCGUCGAGGCCGCCAUCAGGGCCCCGGUGCGCACUCGUCGCGGGCGUCGGCGCAUUGGCCUGCGUGCCGGCAUUGCCGGCCAAUUGCGCGGCCUCCUCCUGCCGAUGGUCAUCGACCAGCUGGUGCAUGUGGCCGUGCCGCCGAUCGCCGGCCGGUCCGGCGACUAUGAGUAUGCCUUCGACGCGGUCGUCGUCCGGGGGGCGGCCAUCGCCCCGCGCAAAGUGCGCAUCUCCAACCGCAGUGUCUCGCACCUGGACCCGGGCCGCGCCUUUGACCGGCAAGUCGAGGCAUCGCGCAAGGACCCCUCGCGCCUGGACGCCGAGAUGCGACCCGGCUCGGCCUCGCAGCAGCAGCAGCAGCAGCAGCAGCACCAGCAUCUUGGCGGCAUGGCCGGUGCCACAUCCGUCACCGGUGGGGGGAUGCCCCUGGAGGCGGCCAUGAUCGGGGCAGCCCACGCCUCGAACGCCACCCAUGCGACGACCAUGUCGCGCCCGGCACAGGCAUGGCACUCGGCACGGCCAUUCGGCAUGAAUGAGCGCGGCGUCCGGACCCCGAAGACCGACCACCAGGGGCGCGUGCAGCUGGAGAAGGAGCGCCGAGUGCGCACCCGCACCCGUGCCGAGAACUACCUCCGCAGCAACAUGGCCCGGGAGCAGCGCAAGGAGCGCGAACUCCGCCAGGCCACAUCCAUCGAGCGUCACCGGGCCCGGCGCCAAAAGGAGGCCAUCCGCCGGCGGCGCGAGCGCGUGCGCGCCCAGCGCCGGGAGAUACAGCGUGUCAACAAGGAGGCCCGGCGCCGGGCCGCGUCCGGUGCCCAUGCCGGCGAUGUCCCCGCAGGCUUGGGCGUCGGUGUCAGCUGGCUGGAUGCCGGGCGCGGAAAGGCCCGCUCGGCUUCGGCCCUGAGGGGCUCGGGCUCGGCCAGCAGCACUGACGAUGAGGAUGUCCGAGGUGCCGGCAGCCAGAGCAGCGGCCCCAGCAGUCCCGACGCCAGUAGCCUGCUGAGCUCCAGCAGCUCCAUCAGCCUCGAGGCGCAGGAUGAGCAGGAGUUUAAUUUUCGCCUGGAGGCCGCACGCUUCGAGGCCAGCCAGGCGGCGCAGGCCCUGGCGGCGGCGGUGGCUGCCAAUAGUUCCGCCGCGGCGGACCCCCUGGACGGUGACGCCGGCGGCGGCGGCGGCGGCGGCGGCAGGCCAGCCGGCGAUUGGCCCGGGCCCGGGUCCACGGAGGCAAGUGUACUCCGGCAGCGGGCCAGCGCGGCACACAUCCAUGCUCUCGGCAUGCGCAGCCGCCAUGCGGCCGAGUACCUGGACGACCUGCUGGCCGAGCGCCGGCGGCGGGAGGCCCAUCGACGGAGCUUCACCUGCGCCACGCAUGUCAGCAUGCGUGGCGUCACCAUCGAGGUGCCGCGCGUGGGGUUCCGCUAUUCGCGCCAGACAUGGCCUCGCUUCCGGGACUCCGGGCACGUGGAUGUCACCGUGCGCGACAUGGCCGUCGACCUGUGGGUAUCGACCAAUCUCCAGCCGGCGCGCCUGGUGGAAAGCAUGCUCGGCCUGCGCGGGGGCCGGGGCGCAUCGUUGGCCAGUGGCGGGGUUUUCGGCAACCCGGCCGCCGCGCUGGCCAGCCUGGCCGGGGUCCGGAGCCUGCUCAAGACCAAGCGCGUGCGCGUCAGCAUCGGGGCCCUCGAGCUGACCAACAUUCGCGGCGACCGCCACAGCGCCCUGUAUACCAUGGUUCGCCGGGCUCUGCCGAAGCUCGGGCGCGAGGUGCUGGAGGCGGCCAUUGCCGAGCACAUCCGCAAGGCCGUCCGCCGGACCGAUGCCCUGGCCACCCGGUGGCUGGAGAUCAUUGUGGCGGAUUUGCUGGGGUCCGCCGGCCCGGAAUGGCGAGCCGCCGGGGCCGGCGUGGCGGCCGAUGGCGGCCCGGCCGGCGUCGGGCCUGACAAGGUCAAUGCCCCGGUGCAGGCAGCCGGGCCCACCCCCCCGGGCAGGCCGUGCCCGGUGCAUGAUGAUGGUCGUGCCUCGCCGGAGGCCGGGUCCACCGCGGCCCCGGGGAAGCCCGGCAACUCGCCCAACUUCAGCCCCCGGAAUGCGGCCACCUCGCUGGGCAUCCUCCCGGAGGACUCGCCCACCCAGCAAACAUUCAGCAUUCAAGACAAGCCAUACUCCUGCAUCGUGCCCAGCUGCGCGGCGUCCGAUGGAACGGCCACCCUGCUGUCCACCUCCCGGGUGUUGGCUCGGUUCUGGGCCCGGAAGGUGGGCCAGCAGCAGGCGGCCGACUUGCUGCGACUGCCCAGGCCCCCCGACACGGCGACGGUCGUGGUGCCGGGAGUCGGCCCAAGCCCGGGACCCAGCCCGGGGCCCGUGCCGGUGGCCCAGACGAAUGUCCCCCUCCGGACGGACGUCCGGUGGGCCGCCAGCAUACGCAAUGCACUCGACGCCAGCCUCACGGCCCCGCCCCGGGUGCUGACAGAUCCGGAGAUCAUGGAAGCCGCCCUGAUUGCCGGGCAGCGGUCUUCCGAAAUGUGCAGCAACACCAACUGGGCCACGCAAUUUUACUGGCCGCCCAGCUUCAACGAGGCCACCGGGCGCUUCCUGUGCGACAUUUCCCUGGACACGGGUCAAUUGAUGGGCAUCCAGUGGAAGUCCGAUUUGCCAGAGGACCAAGAUAUCACCAUCAUCCGCUUCGAGGACACCGACGAGGAGGAGCGAGAGCAGCUGCUGCUUCAGAGAGCCGCCAUUGCCGGGACAGUCCUCCCCGGGGAAGGGUCCCCGGGCAGCACCGGGAACAUGGCCGAUGCCGGGAGCAUGGGCUCCACCGGCGUCAGUGGCAGCAGUGCCAAUGAGGGCCAUGCCCGCGGCCAGGCCGUGCCACGCCGGCGCCUGGCGCCGGCGCCCUCCAUCAGCCAUAUCCCCUCCCUCGGGGCCAGGUACACGGACCAGGCCUCCGGCAGUGAUGCCGACUUUGAAGACUCCUCCGGCGCGGAGGACGACUAG